AGCAGGAGGACAGGUGAGACAGCAGGACAGGACCGGAGCAGGGCCCCAAGCCCCCGGGCCUGGCGGGGUACGCAUUUUUCUUCACCCCGGGUGCCUCAGCAGCUACAUCCAGCGGACCCGACGGCCGAGAGGAGAAGAUGGGGAGCCCUGAGGAUGACCUAAUUGGGAUUCCGUUCCCAGACCACAGCAGUGAGCUCCUGAGCUGCCUCAAUGAGCAACGCCAGCUGGGCCACCUCUGCGACCUCACCAUCCGGACGCAGGGGCUCGAGUACCGCACUCACCGGGCUGUGCUGGCUGCCUGCAGUCACUACUUUAAGAAGCUCUUCACAGAGGGUGGUGGUGGGAUGGGCAUGGGGCCUGGAGGUGGUGGGGGGGCCACAGGUGGAGCCGGGGCUGGUGUGUGUGAACUGGACUUUGUGGGGCCAGAGGCUCUGGGUGCCCUGCUCGAGUUUGCCUACACAGCCACGCUGACCACCAGCAGCGCCAACAUGCCAGCUGUGCUCCAGGCUGCCCGGCUGCUGGAAAUCCCGUGUGUCAUCGCUGCCUGUGUGGAGAUUCUGCAGGGCAGUGGACUAGAAGCUCCCAGCCCUGAUGAGGACGACUGUGAGCGGGCCCGCCAGUACCUGGAGGCCUUUGCCACAGCCACAGCCUCCGGAGUGCCCAAUGGUGAGGACAGCCCACCGCAGGCACCCCUUCCGCCACCACCACCACCACCACCUCGGCCUGUUGCCCGCCGCAGCCGCAAGCCCCGAAAAGCUUUCCUGCAGACCAAGGGGGCUCGGGCAAACCACCUGACACCUGAGGUGCCAGCCAUGCCCACUCACCCCAUAACCUUCGAGGACGAAGAGGCAGUGGGCAGAGUAGGCAGCAGUGGUGGCAGUGGGCUAGGGGACAGCUACAGCCCUCCUGCAGGGACUGCCUCACCCUCUGAGGGGCCCAUGAGCUACGAGGGCUAUGAGGGUGAGGAAGAAGAGGAGGAACUGGUAUAUCCCCCCAACUAUGGGCUUUCACAGGGUGGCGGGCCCCCGCUGUCCCCAGAGGAGCUGGGCUCGGAUGAGGAUGCUAUCGAUCCUGACCUGAUGGCAUACCUAAGCUCCUUGCACCAGGAUGCCCUGACGCCAGGCCUGGACUGCCAGGACAAACUGGUGCGAAAGCGCCGCUCACAGAUGCCACAGGAGUGCCCGGUCUGCCACAAGAUCAUCCAUGGGGCCGGCAAACUGCCUCGUCACAUGAGGACCCACACGGGCGAGAAGCCCUUUGCCUGUGAAGUCUGCGGCGUCCGCUUCACCCGGAACGACAAGCUGAAGAUCCACAUGCGGAAGCACACAGGAGAGCGCCCCUACUCCUGCCCGCACUGCCCAGCCCGCUUCCUGCACAGCUACGACCUCAAGAACCACAUGCACCUGCACACAGGCGACCGGCCCUACGAGUGCCACCUGUGCCACAAGGCUUUUGCCAAGGAGGACCACCUGCAGCGCCAUCUCAAGGGCCAGAACUGUCUGGAGGUGCGCACACGGCGGCGCCGCAAGGAUGAUGCGCCACCCCACUACCCACCACCCUCUACUGCCACGCUGUCCCCUGCUGGGCUCGAUCUCUCCAACGGCCACCUGGACACCUACCGCCUCUCCCUGGCUCGAUUCUGGGAGCAGUCAGCCCCCACUGGGCCCCCAGUCUCCACUCCAGUGCCCCCUGAUGAGGACGACGAGGAGGGGACACCCAACACGCCUCAAGCUGAGGGAGCCAUGGAGUCCUCUUAAAGAGGGACAGGUGGCCUGGAUGGAGCAGCACAAGGCCGGGGACACCCAUGCCAAGCGAUGGGAGCAAGCAGGACAGACAGAGCUGGGGCCAGAGGCGCUGGGCCUUGCUGGCAUUGGAAUCCCUCCUUCCCCACCGGCGAGCCCUCAUUCCAGUUCCAAGCUGAGGUUUUGGGGCAAAGGCUCACCAGAUUGGGGUGGUCUCCAAGGAGUCAUACAUACGAUAUGUAUAUAUUUACAGCUCUUUUGUAAAGGUGGGGUUCUUGUCCCAGCUGCUCCUGGGGAGUAGAAGCAAUAAUGUAUUUCUGAUUCAUGGG